CAACAGAUGCAGAGCCGGAACUGGAGGCCAAACGUACCGCAAAGACGAUCCGUCGAUCGGAUGACAGGCGGCAUGUAUUCCGACAGUGAGAUCACCACAAAACCGGUGUUUGGGAACCGACAGCUUUACGCGCAUCCACUGAAGGACUCGUCGGCACUCCAACAGCAACAACAACCACAACAACAUCAACACCACCGCCGAGAUAGCGGUCGCCGACGCAGCGCCGGUCAGAGCGCCACCGAUUCCGGGUAUCGGGAAUACCAGUCGGAAACGGAGGGGCAUCGAGAAAGAGAGCGUCGGGACAGUUAUCGAGAGCAUAGAGAACAAAGGGAGCAAAGAGAUCACAGGGAGAGUGGGAGCAGAGAGCACAGGGAGAGCGGGAGCAGAGAGCACAGGGAGAGCGGAAGCAGAGAGCAACAGAGGGGCCGCGACCGGCGAGUGUCGACCAGUAGUGGACAACACGCGGGCGGCGGCGAAGAGAGUGGCGAAGAGUCUGAAACGAGUACUAAUUCAAAGACUAGUGUCCAAAGUGCCUUCUCUACACAUUCUGAUAGACCCCGACCCAGUCGUACACUUAGUGAGUUUACAUCCAAAAUCCAAAGUUACGGACCCGUCCAUCCGGCAGCGCAUCCGUCGCGUACAUCCAUAGCAAUAAGUCAGUUGAAUGAGAGGGAAAGGGCGGCCAAUGAGAGCAAAACCGACGGCAGUCUAUCGGACACAGCCAUCGGCUCCGAGAGCCAAAUGGAACAGUUGAACGUCAUUUGCAAUCCACAGACAAACACUAAGAACUCCGGACUUUCCAAGAAGAGCAACAGCACAUCACAACUCAGUGUUUCCGGCACAAAAAAGAGGUUAGGUUUCCGUCGAAAGCAGGCGACGUCUUUCAGUGUCCACCGGAGCGAAGAGGUA